AUGAAGAAGGCUAUAUUAUGCUACAAGAAUUUCAUUUCCAAUAUAAAGAAGCAUAGAACUACAAUUCAACCGGAAUUUGUAAAUGACCAUGUGUGGGAAAGGUGGAUGGAACUUUGGCAAAGUGAUGACUGUGUUAAGAAGUCCGAGAUAAAUUCAAAGAAUCAAUGUGGUGGACAUGAAGUAGCUGCUGGGACACACAAUGGUGGCUCUGUCACAGCUGGAGAGCACAAAACUUCUGCUGCUAGUUUUAUCCUAUUUUUUCAGCAAGCAGUUGUUGCAGUUUCUCUUGUUUUUCCUCUUUGUUUUGCAACAAUUCUUUCCUGCUACUCUCUUCUUUUUCCUUUUUAUUUUGCUGCUAUACCAACAUGUUUGGCUCUUAAAAUAGGUCGAGAUCCAACUCCAAGCGAGUUACAUUUGCACGUCCAUACACAUAAUCAUAAUAGAAAAUCUUUUUUUGGUGAGCGUUUUCGACUUCUACAUGAAAGGUAUGAAGAAAUUAUAUGGGAAAAAAUACAAUGUGAAUCUGAAAUAGAUCAAUUGGAGACAUAUUAUGAAGCUGCGGGAGGAGCAAAGAAGAAAAGAUUGUUUGGUCUUGGAUCUGAAGCUACAAUACCACCUUCGAUUUCUUUACCGAUAACAAAUAUGGAGGAGUUGGUGAAGCAAUUGAUUCCAGCCCUUACUACUCAUUUUCUUCCGAUAGUUAUUGAGCGUGUUGGUGGUACUAGGGUACAAGAUAGGGCCGUGCUUGAUCCUACUCCUACUGAUGAUAAUGAUGACGACGUUGAUUCGUAG